GAAAGGGUCAGAAACGCCAGGAGGCCGCCGGCUCCGCCAUGCCCAAGAAUAAAGGUAAAGGAGGCAAGAACCGGCGAAGGGGGAAGAACGAGAACGAAUCUGAAAAAAGAGAGUUGGUCUUUAGAGAGGACGGACAAGAGUACGCUCAGGUCAUCAAAAUGCUGGGAAACGGACGAUUGGAAGCGAUGUGCUUCGAUGGUGUGAAGAGGUUAUGUCAUAUCAGAGGAAAACUGAGAAAAAAGGCUUGGAUAAAUACCUCGGACAUUAUACUGGUUGGCCUGCGGGACUACCAGGAGAACAAAGCUGAUGUGAUUUUAAAGUACAACGCCGAUGAGGCCAGGAGCCUGAAGGCCUAUGGCGAGCUUCCAGAGCACGCUAAAAUCAAUGAAACAGACACGUUUGGCCCUGGAGAUGACGAUGAAAUCCAGUUCGAUGACAUUGGAGAUGACGAUGAAGACAUUGAUAAUAUCUAAACGGAACUCGACAGUUGCUG